AUGAAUCAAUUGGCGAUCAGACAAGAAGAUGCCAAUAUCUUAUUACAUCAGAAGAAUAUCUUAGAUGAACAAGUCAUCGAUAAGUAUAGAACCGCAGGUACUAUCACCGAAACCGGUUUAAACUAUGCCAUCGAUUUAAUUAACCAAAUUUAUCACUUCAAAUCAAGACAACCAUUAUCAGUUUCUCAAUUAUGUUUAAUGAUUGAUAGUUUACUUGUUAAUAUGUUACUGAAAGUUUACUUGAAAUGUGAAAAAUCCAUCACCAAUCCUACUAGUUUCAAUGUUAAUGAAGUUGUCAGUAAUUUUUCCCCUGAAUUAGAUGAUAGUAAUGAAUAUUUCUUUAAAGAAGGUGAUAUCAUAACGAUUAAUUUAGGUGUUCAAAUCGAUGGAUAUAAUUCAAAUGUCAGUCAUACCAUUUGUAUAUAUCCACCAGGAGAUAAACCUAUUGGACCAUUAUUAGGAGGUAAAGCUGAUAGUAUUAUUGCCAAUUAUUUAUGUACUAAAAUUGUUAUUGCAUUAUUAGGAUUAUCUAUGACACCAGAAAAAUUACCCCUUGAAGCUAGAAAAUUUGGAAAUGUCGUCAACGGAUCUAUGAUUAAACAUUAUGUUAAUUAUAUCGCCGAACAAUUUAAUUGUAGAGUUAUUCCAGGAAGUGAAAUUAGACAAAUUAGAAGAUUCUUAAGUGGACAAAAUGAACUCUUGGAAGAAAAAGGAUAUAAAGGUAUUAAAUGGUAUGAAAGUGAUGAAGAAAUUAAUAUUAUUAAUAAAUUAGGUGGUGAAACCAAUAGUAUCACCAAAAUCUUUGGUGAAGAUACUGUUAAACAUCAAAAAGGUGAUGAAGAAUUCAUUAUUAAAAGUGGUGAAAUCUAUCAGAUUAACUUAAAAGUCGCAUCCAUUAAUGAUUUCAAUGAGAUAGGUAUCAUCACCACUGAAACUAUCAAUGAAUAUACCGGAGUUAACAAUAAAGUUAAUGAAUUUAAAAUGAAACCAACUAUUUUCAUUAGAGAUUUUAUUAUGAAUUAUAAAUUAAAAUUAAAAGCUAGUAGAAAUUUAAUUUCUAAGAUUGAUAAGAAAUAUUCAGUUUAUCCAUUUAAAUUGAACUAUUUAACUUCAUCAUUCCCUAUGAAGAAUAACUCAUUACAAGAAAUGAAUGAAAUCAAAAGUCAAAUCCUUGAUAAUAAAUUAGGAUUAAAUGAGAUCUUAAAUCAUAAUUUAGUUAAUGCUAAACCAAUUCAAGUAAUUAAAUUUUUACCUUAUAAAUCUGUUUUAGAUAAUCAUUCAGUUACUUCUAUGGGAGUUAAUGUUGAUAAAUUAAUUAAAAAUUCUAAUGUCAUUACUGAUAAAUCAAUUGAAUCAACUACUGUAUUGAUAAAUAAUUUAAAUAAUGAAUUAAUUCAAUUAUCUAAUAAUUUUGAACCAGUUUAUUGUCAAUCACAAUUUAAAUUAGUUGAUCCAACAGUUGAACAAUUAUUCAACUCCCUUAAUGGGAAAUUUGGUGUUAAAGUUAAAAAAGUUAAUGCUUUACCUAUAAAAGAACAAAUGGAUUUAGAUUAG